UCUAUCGAUUACCCUGCCCCCCGGCUCGCUCACCGCUGAUAUUGCCGCUGAUUCAAAAUAAAAGUACCUAUAAAAAAAAACACAACACAAAAUCAUAUUACACCAAAACGUUGUCCAAAUAUUAUAAUGAAACCUAUAGAUUUAUCGAUAUUUGUUUUAUUUAUAAUUAUCCAAAACUUUGGUUUUAUUUCUACGAGCGAUGGGGACCGGUCGCCGUUUUACCAGAAAUGUUUGAAAAGUUGUAAAAGUGCUAAUUGUACGAAAGAUGGCUCAUCCUUGUCACCAAAAGCGUUAAAAUUGCAAGAUUUAGGAAGCCGCCUGUUAAGAUGGGGCUGUCAGGCUGAGUGUCAAUAUCAGUGCAUGUGGAAGACCGUGGAGGGCUUUCAGGAAAGAGGCUAUGAGACGCCCAAGUUUCAUGGAAAGUGGCCAUUUGUUCGUGUGUUCGGAGUGCAGGAGCCGGCCUCAGCAUUCGCAUCGCUGCUGAACCUGGCUACUCACGUGUACAUGUACAGGGAGAUCGCUUCGCAGUUCAACGUCAAAACAAUGCCAGUGGUUAUUUUUUGGAAUGCAUUUAUUGCGGUCUGCGUACACGCUUGGGCCUGGUCAACAAUAUUCCACACCCGAGACACUCCGUUUACAGAGUUCAUGGACUAUGCCUGCGCCUUGUCUAUGGUGCUAGCACUUUUUGUGGCGGCCAUAUUAAGAGUGUUUCACAGAAGCAAGAGGCUGACAAUCUCGGUGCUAUCUCUGCCGCUGCUCUAUUACAUUGAGCACGUCAGGUACCUGUACUCCGGGAGUGUUGACUAUGACUACAACAUGAAAGUCAAUAUAUUCUUUGGUGUGAUUGGCUCACUAAUCUGGCUGGUAUGGUCCAUCAUCCAGUACCUGGGUGGAAGGAAAUAUACGUGGCGUAUGAUCGCCUUCACGCUACUGUCGGGGGCGGCCUUGACUUUGGAGUUGUUUGAUUUCCCGCCGAAAUACUACGCGUGGGACGCGCAUGCGCUGUGGCAUCUUAGCACCGCGCCUCUACCACUGCUAUUUUAUGGGUUCGUGAUGGACGACCUCCGCUUCCACUCCGGCUUUAAGCUGUCCUAGUUAGGUAACUAAUUCUAGUCGUCGUGUUGUGUACCAAUAUGUACCUUAAUCUACAAUUUUAUAAUGCAUUUAAUAUUAUUAAGAAAUAAUAAAUGAACAUAUGAAAAUU